AUGGCGUGUAUUUGCGUACUUUCUUCUAAAUAUUUUAGCAUAAGAGAAUGUGUGUGUUUUUGUCUACAAAAUAUAAAAUACAAAAAAUUCUGCAAAAAUAAUAAUUACAAAAAUGCGCGUAAUGCAUACACACAAACUGCAAAACACGAAAAAAUAUUUACAAAAAAAAUUAUAACAAAAAAUUCAAAAAUACCCUCAUGAUGGCAGUAACAAUGCUAACUAUCUGCAGCUAAAAAUAUCCGUGUACAUGUCCUCCUUAACAUUGUUACUACCGGCAUCACACAAUAAAUAUUAUCAAAACACAUUAGUAUUUUUAUUAGAAUAUUUCCGGAAAUUACCCCUUCCCUUCCCUUCCUUUCUUUCUUUUAAAUAUUGUUACUAUUUUCUUCCUUUUUUUAGUCUCUUCACUUUAAUCCAAAUAAUUAAAUACGCCAUUUCCCAAAACAAUUUUUUCAAUUAAAAAAAUCCUAAAUAAAAAAAAGAGGAAUUACUACCUAAAUAGUCUAGGAGGAAAUAAACAAAUUUUGUUUGGAUAUAUUUUUGGAAUUGUUCAAAGAUUA